AUGGAUGAAAUGGAAGAGUUAAUAGAACCAUUAAAAUAUCAGAUAAUAAAAAUGAAAGACAUUCAAGUUUUGGUCAAGGAGAUAGAUAGGAUAAAAACACUAGAAAAUCAAAAAGAGAAUCUAACAAGCAUAAUUCCAGAUAAUAAGAUGGAUGAAAUAGAAAAGUCAAUAGAACCGAUAAAUAAAAUGAAUGAAGUUCAAGAUUUGGUCAAAAAUAGAAAAUUACCAGUUAGAGAAACCUGGAUACAAAAAAUAAAAAAGGAACUAGAAGAGCUAGAA